AUGUCUAGAAAAAAAAUUAAGAUACCCAAAAAGAUGAAAGUGGUAUUAGAAGAGAUUCAGGCUUUAUUAGCAGAAACAUCCGAAGAAGAAAUAAAUGAACAAGCAAAAAGGAGCCAAGAAUUAGAAAAAGAAGAAAAAAGAUAUAUUAUUGAGGAUAUUAGAAAAGAUCUUUGUAGAAAAUCAGAGCAGGCUAUUCAAGACUUAAAAGUGGAAAGACCAAAGGAAGGCCCAAGGUACUUUGAAGAAAAGAAGGCUUACAGAAGAAUAUGUAUAGAAAAACUCAUUAGAAAAAGCUCUCAAGAAGUAGAAAAAUACCACGGUACUGCGAGACAAGAAGAGAAAACUAACGAAAAGAAUAUAAGAAGUUUUCUAAGAGCUGGGUCAUCUAUUGGUAAGGACAAACUUAUCUGGAGAACUGGGUCCCUAAUUGGAAAAGAUAGAUUAAACUAG